AUGAAAUUUCCAUCAUAGGUCAAUCUUCAGCCAUUUACUUAUUAAAUAAUUUAAGCUAAUUCUAUUCAAUAAUAAGAAUUUUGCUGGGCAGUUACUAUUAAUAAAGAUUUUUCAAUUGUAGCAGCUGGUUGUAAUAAACUAAUAAAAUUUUAUAAAUUCCAAUAAGGAAUGUUGAAAUUAAAUCCAGUUUUAAAUCAACAUUAAAGUGAAUUGGUCACUUUAAAUUUUAUGAAAUAAUAAAAUUAUUUGAUUUCUGGAGAUUAAGGAUAUAUUUUGAUUUGGUAAUAUAAUAAUAAUACAUGA